AUGUCUGUUGGUCCUCUACUGUUCGAUAUGCCCGUCCUAGCUCUUGUCUUAAUUUUCCUCAGGGCAAGGGUUUUAUUGCCGUCGGGUCCCAGGUCUUUGCCUGUGUUGGGCAACGUGCUUGGUUUAAAUCCCAACAAGCCCUGGAUCACUUAUGCGGACUGGGCAAAGGUUCACGGUGAUCUCGUGUACUCCCGUUUACUCAACCAAGAAAUCAUCGUUUUCAAUUCCGAAAAAGUGGCUAAGGAUCUCCUUGAGCGUCGUGCAAAUAACUACUCUGAUAGACCACAGUUCAUUAUAAUUGCCUUGUUUGGAGGGAGUUUCAAUUCAGCAUUGCUCAACUAUGGCAACAGAUGGCGAUUGCAUAGGCGGUUGUUCCAGCAGGCCUUUCGAGCUGACGCGGCUAUGAUCUAUCGACCUACACAGUUGCGUAAAGUACACCAGCUUCUAGCCAACUUGCUUGAAACCCCCGGAGAAUAUUCUGACCACUUGCAAAUGCUAUCUACAGCUGUAAUAAUGGCAGUGGCAUAUGGAUAUGACCCAGCAUCCCGCCAUGACCCUUUAGUAAUGGCUGUGGAGCGCACGGCAAAUAUGCUCGCCAAAGCCUCAACACCCGAGGGAGCUGCGGUCCUUAGUGUAUUUCCAUUUUCGGAUUUCAAGCGUAAAGCCCUCGAAUGUCAGGAGCUGACGGUUAAUGUUAUUGAAGCUCCCUUCCAGUAUGUAAAGCAAAAUAUUGCAGCAGGUACAGCAAAACCAUCGAUGGUCUCUGAUCUGCUUAGCCGAAUGAAAGCAGAUGAUGAUUCUUACGAGCUUGCAAUCAAACAUACUUCCGCCAGCGCUUUCCUGGGUAAGCACUUUCGAUCAUAUACUGCUUCGGCGCUCAAAAUCUUCAUGCUUGCGAUGUUCCUUUAUCCUGAUGUGCAACGAAAGGCAUGGCUGGAGAUAGACUCGGUGGUAGGUCAAAACAGACUUCCAGACUUCAACGAUAGGCCAUCGUUGCCUUACAUAGAAGCUAUUCUUCGUGAGACGUUCAGAUGGCACCCUGGAGUCCCCCUUGGAGUCUCUCACGCUACUAUGAAUGACGAUCAUUUCGGAGGUUAUUUUAUCCCGAAAGGAGCAAUAGUGAUGGCCAAUAUAUGGGCGAUGUCGCACAAUGAAGAUAAAUAUCCAGACUCAGAUGAAUUCAAACCCGAGCGGUUCUUUAUGCCAGAUGGAAAGCUAAACAACGAUAACGUUAGCUUCGUUUUUGGAUUUGGAAGACGAGUUUGCAUAGGCCGUCAUAUUGCUGACGCAACAGUAUGGGCCGCUAUUGUAUCCAUAUUGGCUGCAUUCAGCAUCACAAAAGCAAAAGAUGAACAGGGCAAUGAUAUUGAAGUUAGUCCGCAAUGCCACCCGCUCCCAUACCCGUGCCGGAUUGAACCACGGUCAGGAAUGAGCUCCGAGAAGCUGAUGCAAAUGAUUAAUUCUCAUAAGUGA